AUGAAGCCGGUUACGCAAGCGACACUUGAGCGAAAAUUCAUCGAAACUGGUGAGCGUGAACGAAUGAAAGAAUUGCUUAUAUCGAGGCUUCGCGAAACAGGUUGGAUUGAUGAGGUGCAUAUAAUGUGCCAAAAAGUUGUUCAAAGCAAGGGAGUCGAUAAGUGUAAAAUAGAUGAUAUAAUUGAUGAAGUUAAAGGACCAGCUAGACGUAGUGUUCCUGAGGACGUUAAGCGUGAACUUAUGAUGUGUAUUCGAACCUUUUUGCAACAAGCAUCCGAUUUCGAUGAUCUUUAA